GACCAAUCAGAGACAUCACUCGUGAGAGCUCCUUCCGUCAGCACGCCAUCUUGGUAGGUGAAAUCAAUAUGUAUCGGUCCUUCAUCGAUUCGUUUAAAAAUGGGUCUUUCCAGGCUCAAUGUGAGGGCUUGAAAGUCAAUGAGAACAGAACCAUUGCUGCGGCUUCAGCAGGCAGUGAUGAAGUAGAGUUUGGAUCAACAAAGUACUUUGCCCUUUGUGGAUUUGGAGGUAUCCUCAGUUGUGGUAUCACACAUACAGCAAUUGUACCACUGGAUCUGGUGAAAUGCCGCAUUCAAGUAGACCCUGACAAGUACAAGGGCAUUGUAACUGGCUUCAGAGUUUCUCUAUCAGAAGGUGGCGUGAGAGAACUUGGGAGAGGAUGGGCUCCCACUCUCGUAGGCUACUCCAUGCAGGGACUAUGCAAGUUUGGUUUCUAUGAAGUAUUCAAGAACCUUUAUGCCAAUAUGUUAGGAGAGGAGAAAACCUUCCUUUAUAGAACAGGUCUUUAUUUGGCUGCCAGUGCAUCUGCAGAGUUCUUUGCUGAUAUUGCACUGUGCCCCAUGGAGGCAAUCAAGGUGCGUGUGCAGACUAACCCAUCCUGGGGUAGGACACUUAGAGAGGGAUUCCCCAAGCUUAUGCAAGAAGAGGGAGUCAAUGGUUUCUACAAAGGACUUGUCCCACUCUGGAGCAGACAGAUCCCAUACACAAUGAUGAAGUUUGCAUGCUUUGAAAGGACAGUAGAAGCACUGUAUAGUUAUGUAGUACCAAAACCCAGAUCAGAAUGUAACAAACAAGAACAACUUGUUGUAACAUUUGUUGCUGGUUACAUUGCUGGUGUAUUCUGUGCUGUUGUGUCCCACCCCGCUGACACCAUUGUAUCAAAACUCAACCAGGAGAAGGGAAGCACAUUCAUGGAAGUUGGCAAGAAACUUGGCCUCCUCGGUAUGUGGAAGGGUCUAUUCCCUCGUAUCAUAAUGAUUGGUACACUGACCGCCCUACAAUGGUUCAUCUAUGAUGGUGUGAAGGUCUACUUCAAGCUGCCCCGUCCCCCUCCCCCAAGCAUGCCAGAGAGCCUCAAAGCAAAACUUGCUGCAAAGGAGCAAUAACUUGUGUGGACUUUAGGAAAUUUUAAUGUAAAUUGUAUAAUUAGCCAAUAGUGAACUUGACACAACCUUUUUAUAGUCAUGUAUGUAAUAUGAGGUUUAUAAGAAGGCUGUGUCGAGUUCUGAUACUGUAUUCAGGGUAUUGAGUAGCAGGAUACCUAGUAUUCAGUGUCAUAGACUGUACAAAGAUGGAGCUACUGUCUGUAUAAUAGGAGUUGAAUGAGAAUAUUUAUAGAGUGGAGUGCAGUUACUAUGGUUACAGACUUUGUUUAUAAUAGUGUUUUAACGCACAAUAUGUCAUAUUAUUGUACUCAUCAUUGAUGACCUUUCACCUUCAUAAUUUAUGAAUGAAACAUGCUGCAUGUGGCUUUUAUCCAUUUCCUCACACAAUUUUAACAGUGAAUCCAAUGACUUUGUUUUAGACCAACUAAAAAUAGAGUUAAAUGUAUGCAAGAAAGUGUAAAUUAUUUUGGCAACAAUAAAGUAACAUGAGAACCAGUAUUAAA